UUGCAUAUCACCUUUGUUUGAACUUUUGUAACUAUACAUCACAAGAAGUUUUUCCUAGUUUCUAUUUGUAGGAGAGAUAAUCCUUGGUUUGCUGCACUAAGAAGGUCUUGCAUUCAUAUAACCUGGAGUGACAAGGGUGCUAUAUCUCGAGCAUUUAAGCUUAAAAGUUGUGGAGAAUGUUGAAGAAGCCGAGUUUGUUUUGGUCCAUGGAACUGAAGUCUUGGGCCUUCAUUCUGGUAACAUCUGUCCAGUGAGUAUUGAGGAUCUUGAGAAAAUAUUGGAACAAUGUGCUUCUGAAAGGAUUCCCCUGAUCGUAGCUAAUCCAGACUUUGUGACUGUUGAGGCUAGAGCUUUACUUAUCAUGCCUGGUAAAGAUGUCUGAUUUAACUUGGUUUGACUCUUCUUGAGUGUCUCAUAUAGACAGAAACACACUGUUUAGGCUCUCAACUUUGAACUCUAAGUCUCCUAAGUCUCCUAAGCAUUUUGUGUGGCAGCACUACAGGAGUUUCUUUUCUGUUCAUGUGUUAAAGUACCUUUUUGUGGGUUCUACUUUUCUUUGUGAGAAUCAGCUUUCAAUUAUAGCUAUCCCCUUUAUGGCUCCUGGGUUUAAUGGUUUGAUGCUAGUGUCUAUGUUUUAGGUACAUUGGCUGCCAAAUAUGAAAAGCUUGGGGGUGAAGUGAAAUGGAUGGGGAAGCCAGAUAAAAUAAUAUACAAAUCAGCUAUGGCAAUGGUUGGUGUGGAUGCUUCUGAUUCUAUAGCUGUGGGUGAUUCCCUUCAUCGUGAGAUUAAGGGUGCAAAUGAGGCUGGAAUCGCUUCGGCAUUCAUCACUGGAGGGAUCCAUGCAACUGAGCUUGGACUCAGUAGCUUUGGGCAAGUUGCAGACUUAUCUUCUAUAAAGACCCUUGCUGCCAAAUAUGAUGCACAUCCAACAUAUAUGUUGCCAGCAUUUGCAUGGUAGAAUCGCACCACGGUUUGUGUUCUCCUUUAUUCUGUUUCCUUACAUUGUUAUUGUGCCUGAGGACAAUUUUUACAUCGUGCACAAAUGGAAAUGUUGGUAGGGAAAUUGUCCUUACCAAAAAAAUGGCUGUUCAUGUAGAAGAGGCACUGUGGUUGCAAUGAUUACUUUGUCAAUAUUUAGGUCAAAAUUCAAGAUCUUUGAUGUACUUAUUUCUGAAUAUGUGAACAGUAAACUCGUCUGGAUAAAAUGGUUGGGGUUCCUUGCUUGGUGUUCAUAACAUGAGUUUAUAUUUUCCAGGUUUCAGGUUUCACUGUCUCUUAAAUGUUGUUUUUGUCUCUUAUAUUUUACUUUAAUAAGUCAAUCAGGGUCAAGUGUCAAGAUCGUGUUCAAAUGGUGCUCUUUUGUUGUGGUUGCUGAAUCUUUAUUUCUUUCGUUAAGAAAUCCCAUGUCCCAGUUGUAAGAUCUACAGACUGGAUCUUAUUGCUUCAAGGUAUUAGAACAAAAGUGCAGGAUUUAG